AUGGUGUUCAUGCCGCCGAUCGUCCCGAAAAUGUAUUUCCCUUCAGACUGCCCGCCACACUACUCGGGCGAUUCGUGCGAUUGGCCGAUAUGUAUUAAUGGGAGGAUCGAUUCGGCGACGAGGAGAUGUAUAUGCCGCUCGCACUUCGCGAUGCCGUUCUGCGAGGAGUGCGAGGCACCGUGGUGGGGCGCCGACUGCGACAAGGCACCGUUAGAUGCAAUUCCGGAUGCGCAGUUCGGCCCCUGGUCCGACGCGAUUCCAUAUCUUCCACAGGCCGUGCUCCUCAUUUCAAUAAUCCUUCUCGUCUCGGCUCUCUUCUGCGGAUUACGCCUGUUUUUGCAGACUGGCGGAUGCCAAAGGAGAAGGACAAGAAGCCUGUCAGUCGAAAGUGAAGCCUUCGAUUUUAAGCCCCAUGUCCACCGGGCUCCACCACCGUACAAAGAGACGAUGUGCGACGAGCCCCCACCACCCUACACCCUA